GCCCCGGCUCUUACACCCAGCUGCUCCACCCCUCCGCUCCGCCGGAAACCGAGAUGCACACGGAGACCCGCAACAAGAAAUGCCAGUUGAGUCCUAAGCAGAAGAAGAAUGCCGGCGGCGCCCAGAAGAAGCAGAGGAGCCCGGCCAAGCCGAGCCCCCUGACCCGGAAACAACAACAACAACAACAACAACAACAACAGCCGCCGCCGCCGCCGCCAUCGUCAUCACCUCCACCACCUGCAGUCCAGGAAGAGGAGGAGGUGAAGGAGAAGGAGGAGCCUGUGACCAGGCCUCGGUCGCCCAAGGAGGAGGAGGAGGAGGAGGAGGAGGAAGUGGCCGAGGAGGAGCGAGAGGAAGUGGCGGCCAAGUCUGUGAGGAAGAGGAAGAAAGGAAAGGAGGAAAAGGAAAAGGAGGAGGAGACAGACAUGCCGUCCGUACAGAUCAAACCGGAGCCGGAGGAGAUGGAGUGCACGCAGGCAGAUGCAUUUGUCGACUGUCCGCAGCCGACCGACCUGAAGGUGAAGACCGAGUCGCCGGUUUGCAAGACGGAGCCGUCCUCGCCCGAGCCGCGCCCCCCCGCCGAGGACCAGACGGAACCCGUGGACCUGUCCCUCAACAAGCCCCGCCCCUCCUCACAGCCCGCCUCCACGACGAGCACCACGGUCAACCCGGCGCCCAGCUGCGUCAUCACGCACCACAACAUGGCCGCCACGUCCAUCCCCUCCUCGGCGGUGCAGUCGAUCGGCUCCAUGGUCCUGUCCCCGGGCUCCAUCCUGGCCACGCAGGGCGCCGGCGGCCAGCAGAUCCUGCACGUCAUCCACACCAUCCCCUCGGUGAGCAUGCCGGGCAAGGUGGGCCAGCUGCAGACCAUCCCGGUGGUGGUGCAGUCGCUGCCCGUGGUCUACACCACCAUGCCCACCGACGGCGUCGCCACGGCCGCCAUCACCGUGCCGCUCAUCGGCAGCGACGGGCGCUCGGAAGGAUCCGGUCUCUCUCAGACCAGUUCGGUGACAGGGCUGAUGUGUGUUCAUGUUCGCAUCAAGCCGGGUUCCACGUCUCCGGUGGAGUACCAGAGUGACAGCGAUGCAGAGAGCGGCACCGGGUCUGGCUCCGCCUCCCUCAGUAACCAGAGCAUCGGCCCCGGGUCGGUGAUGGACCUUGAACCCGUCGAUCCCGACUCGCCGGACGUGAAGAGAAGAAGAAUCCACAUGUGUGACUAUGAUGGCUGUAAAAAGGUUUACACCAAGAGCUCCCACCUCAAAGCUCACAGGAGGAUACACACAGGAGAGAAGCCCUACCACUGCACGUGGGAGGGCUGCACCUGGCGCUUCGCCCGCUCUGACGAGCUGACUCGACACUUCCGGAAACACACGGGCAUCAAACCGUUCCGCUGCACCGAGUGCGACCGCAGCUUCUCCCGCUCCGACCACCUGUCGCUGCACCGCCGCCGCCACGUCAUGAUGUGAACU